GUCAUGUACGGCGGUGGCCAGCAGUGUAGUAGCAACCGCAUGCCAGCAAGCGGCAAGCGUUUGUCAGCUGCAGGGCUUGCAAGUGGCCUCUCCCUUGCUGCCAUGCUGGCUGCAACGGGGACUCGGCUGGGCACCUCGAGCGCGAUGGCAACCGCAACGGUGACAGCGGUGGAGCCAGUGGUAGCGGAGGCCGUGUCUUCGAAGCUCCUGGGCGGCAUCACGGGCGCUUCUGCCGGCGUGCCUGCGUCAGGCGGGGCCAGCCAGGAGGUCGCAAAGCGCAGUCUUGCGUACCCUUACCCUCACCGGGGCAACCAGUGGUGCCAGUGGCAUGAGGUCAGCCUGACCAGCUUCAUGCACCCACAGCUGAACCGGAAAGUGAUUCUGGUGGUGCAGAACGACGUCUCGGCUCGUAUCUGGGCGGAACGCCAGCUUGCACGUGUGGUGGAGGCCGAGCACACACUCCUGGAAAACAUCUUCCCACAACACGUCAUACAGCACAUCGCCACCACCGCCGCCG